AAUGAUUGUUCAUUUUCACGAGAACGUUGCUUGGCUGCUAAAGAAGGCAGAAUGUUGACGAUUGCUCCCGAUGAGGUUUGUGGCAUAAAUCCAUGCAAUAAGAAUUGUUCAACUGAAUAUGAACCGAUAUGUUCGUCGAAUUUCAUUACAUACCCGAAUCGAUGUGUUUUUGAAAAGGCACAGUGCAAGCAAAAAAAUUUAGAGCUUUUGUAUAACGCUUUUAUAAGCAUUUUAGGGGAAUGCCGCGAUUGUUUCUCAAAUUCAUGUCCUGAGCCCAGUGAGAAUGAACCAGAUUUGAAUUUCGUUUGUGACCAGGCUGGUGAGAAUAAAACAAAAUGUGAAUUUGAAAUGCUGAGAUGUAUAUAUGAAAAAAAAUUCGGAUAUAAUAUAACAAUUGCAUAUGUAAGCACUAUCUUUCUUGAAGGUCGUUGCUGCCCUGCAGAAGAAGAUUGUCCAACGGAUUUCCAACCUGUUUGCGAUUCAAAUGGAAUAACCCACAAAAAUCGCUGCAAAUUUAAUGUUUAUCAAUGUAGAGCGAAAAAAAUCUUAAAAAUGGCUGUCGAAUUCGUCAAAAAUUGGGCGUGCGAUGAUAAACGUCCUUCUAUAGCAAAAGCGCUCAUAGGUAUUUUGAGGAGCCUUUAUACUUUAUACUUUAUUUAUGCCACCAAAAUAUUUAUAUUUAGGAAUGUUUCAUGA